UAUUAUUAGGCGGUACCAACAAGUUCUGUGUAAACGUGUCUAUUUACUAAACUGACAAUGAAAGUCAAAGAGUUGGAGAAGUUUGCUCAUUCGGCCUGGUCACCUCUUUCAUGCAAUCGUACUUAUUUGGCAACUGUCACCGCAGAAAAUGAUCGCGAGGCAACUGACUCAAAUAUAAAUACUAGCAUGACUUCUCCAACAUUAGAUAUUUAUGAAUUCAAUGUUAAAGAAAAUAAUCUGUCUAUGCAAAUGAAUAUUAGUUUACAAAUUAAACAAAAAGCCACAAGUUUAUUAUGGACAACACCUAUUAAUAAUGAUCAUUUAGACAUUGGUUUACUUAUAAUUGGUUCAAUGUCAGGUAGUUUAUAUUUAUAUGAUAGUCAAAAACUAAUAUCUAUGAGUCAAAAUAGAACAUCUUCACAGAUUACUACUAAUACUAUUCAUAAACCAUAUCAUAUUAAUACCAUCGAUACUAUUAUUGAGAAUAAUGAAAAUGAUAAUUCUAUAAUGUCAUCUUGUCAACAAUUAUCAUCUAUUUAUAUUACUGAAAAUAAUAUGUCAAAUUAUCUGUAUACAUCACGUGAAAAUAUUCAUAAUAAUGUUGUAAGAAGUUUGGAUUUCAAUCGAUUUCAAACAAAUCUUUUUGCUUCAGCAUCAAACGAUGAAGAAAUAUUUAUUUGGGAUGUUGGAAAAAUGGAACAUCCAAUGUCGCCUGGUUCAAAAAUACAACCUUUAGAAAAUGUAAAUCAAGUUGCAUGGAAUCCGCGUGUUCAACACAUAUUAUGCUCAACUAGCAUUGGUCGUUGUGUUAUAUGGGAUUUACGUAAAAGUGGACCAGUUUUACAACUUACUAAAACAAUGUGUCAAUUAGAACCACAAAUGAUGGCAUGGAGUCCGGAUGUUGCAACUCGUUUGUGUAUAGCUGAUCCAAAUAAUCCAAAUGCUAAUGUUCAGUUAUGGGAUCUUCGUUAUCCAAAACAUAUGCUUUGUUUAUUAAGUCAUUGGCCACCAUUAUUAUCAUCUAAUUUGAAAACAACUAACCCAUUAAAUAAUUAUGCAUUAGGGAAUGCAGGUACAGUAAAUUCAUUAUGUUGGGGUAUACCAGAAUGUCAAAAAUCAAUGAAUAAAUCAAAUUUCUACGAUAAAGAUAUGAUUGUUAUGACAAUCGGUGCUUCUGGUGCAUUACCAACAUUAAACGGUAAUUAUGGUACAAAAUUAAAUCCAACUUAUGCUGAAAUGUUGGUUGUUUGGAGUGUUAAUCAAGCAUUAAACUCUACACCGGAUAAUGUAACAUGUCAAGAAGCUAUACCGGAACCAAUAUUUAUUGGUCGUUUAGAAGGUUUAGAUGAUCAAGAAUUAGUUAAUCCAUUAUUAUGUUUUAAUACAUUACCAACAAAUGCUUCUGUUCAAUGGAUACCAAAUCAUCCUAAUUUAAUAUGUGUUACACAGUCAGAUGGUUGGAUAACAGUAUAUAAUUUAUUAAGUGGUAUCAAUAAGCAAAUUGAACAAAUAAACAUUGAACGAUAUAAUAAACAAUGUAUAUUAGCUAGAAAUUCAUUAAAUUUACGUAAUUCACAUAAAGUAGCUGAAGUAUUUCAUAAUGAACAAUUAUUAAUGGAUUAUAAUAAUACUGAUAAUACUAUGAUUCCUACUACUAUGAAUAAUAAUAAUAAUAAUAAUAAUAAUAAUAAUAAUCUUCAAUCAGAUUCAUUAUAUCCUGUAUUUAUGAAUGAUCCGAAUGUGAAUAGUAUUGAUAAAGAACAAAUCAAUUCAGGAUCAGAUCAGUUAUUAUUAGAUAAUCCUAAUUCUAUGGAUUCAGUAAAUCUUUCAUUACUUCAACCUAUGCCGUUAUUACGUGUCGCACCAAGUUGGUUGAAGAGACCCUGUGGUGUCCAUUUUGCUUUUGGUGGAAGACUUGUCACUUUUUCAUCUUUAACAAAUCUUCAAUCAAAACGUACUCGUACAAAUAGUUCAAUGAGUAAUUCAAAACGAACUGAUCCAAAUAGCCGAUCAUCAGAUAUAGGAAGUAUUGAACAAAAUUCAACAGUAGGAACAGUACCUGAUCAAAAUCAUUUAAAUUCUACAGAAGUUCAAUCAUAUUAUGUUUUUAUUAAAUGCAUUGAUGUAUUUCAACUGGAACCAUCAUCAUCGCCAACAGUACAACUACAUUCUUCUGUUAAUAGCAAUACUAAUGGAUCAGAUGAUCAGUGGAAGAAUUCUAUACAAGAUAUAAUCGAAUGUUUGAUUAGUGUACUUGAUUGUCCCAAUGAUUAUUUAAGUACAGUUUGUGAAAAUGCUAAAGCUUUAUUCAAACCGAUGCUUAGUAAUAAUAUUAAUAAUAAUCCGUCGCUAACAAAUAGUCAAGAUCAUUUGGAUUUAUGGAAUGUAAUUCAAGCUCGUUUAGAUAAAUCAACUUCAGUAAAAUCAUCAUUGUCCAAUUUGUUGGGCUACAGUAAACAGGAUUUUCAAGGUUUCAAUGAGUCUACACCUUCUCAAUUGUUGGAUGCGUUGAAAUAUGCUCUAGUUACUAAUGAUAUUCAAACAAUUAUUCAGUUAUGUUUACAUCCCAAAUUUUCAUCAUUAUCUCUGCCAAAUCUUUCUACAUUAAGUAUUUUCGCUAUUAUGUUAACUGAUUUACAUCGUUCAAAGCAAAUAGAAUUAUAUGAAGAUGUAAAAUUGAAAUUAUAUCAGUCUUUAAAUGAAAUCUCAUUGAAUAAUCAUAUUAUUCAUGAUCCAAUUUUAAAUUCUAUCAUAAUGUUAUUUAAUUGUGUACUAUUACGUACUAAUUGGUUAAAUAUUAUUGAAAAUUGGCCAUUAUCAGAUUGGAAAACUAUAUUAACAGCAUUGAUUAAUCAUUUAUGGGAUCAAGAUAUUGAAUUAUUGAGAAAGUUAUGCUCGAUUUUCGCUAAACGCCUACUGGAUUAUACAACUAACGAUAAUAAUAAUAUUAAUAUUACUUCAUUUGAGUCUGGAUUAGCUGCAUGUAUCUGUUGUAUUAUUGGUGAUGAUCUUGAUCAUUUAACAGAAUGUUGGUUACGUUUAAAUAAUAUAAAUGAAAAUCAUUUGGAUAACGUAAUAAAAUGUUUGCCAUUAGCAUUACUACUACUCUUCUUAUUUCGUUUAUCAUCAUCUACUGGAAUUAAUCAUUGUACAAAUAAAUCAAGUCAAUUAUUAAUUCAUCUUGCUAUAUGGUUAAUUGAAACUAGAUUUGAUCAUAAUAAUAAUAAUAAUGGAUCAAAUGAACAGAUUAGUUUACUUGCAUUAAAUUUAUUAACAAAAACUUUAUCAAUUGUUGAAUUAUAUUCACAAACAAUGAAUAAUUUAAUUGAUUUAAGACAUCGUAUUUGGUGUAAUCUAAGCAUGGAACAACAACAACAACAAAAACAGCAAAUAUUAUCCAAUGAAUUAUCUCAACAAUUUUUAUGCCCAUAUCCACAUAUACAAUGUCAUUGUGGUCUAUCAAAGGCUAAUUCAUCCACAGAAAUACAAUCAUCUUUAUUUAUUAAAACAACUAAUACUAAUCAUUAUCAACCACAACAGUCAGUAAAUUAUCCAUUUUUAUCUAAUCAAACAAUGCAAUGCACAUAUCAGUCAAAAAUAAAUCAAAAUCAAUUUUAUGAACAAAAACAUCUUGAUAGUUUCAAUUAUCCAACUUUUUCUUCAUCUUCUACUAAUUGUUUGUCGUUUAAUGAUAGUGUUGUUGGUGUACAGACCAGUAUAUCUGGACAAAAUAAAUCUACAUUCAACUUUUCUCCGCCUACAUCAUCACAUAACGCCGAUGUACUGCCAUCACUUACUUCUCCUGUUCCAUCCACAAUAAUGUCAUCAUCCUCCUCCUCAAAUAUUUACUCUCCACUGGGUUUGCCACCUGUAAAUUCAAUAAAUCAAUCGAAUCUAUCAUCGGCUAGACAAUUUCCACCUGUUUUCGCACCACCUCUGCUAGAUGCCAAUUAUAACAAUAAUAAUAAUAAUAGAAACUAUCCUGUAAUGAACCAUCGUUAUGUACAACCUCCAAAUAAUAAUCUAUUAGGAACAGAUUCAGUUUCUGGAAAUAGUAUGUCGAAUGUACUAAAGCCACCAUUGCCUGCAACACCAGCAUCACCAACACAAUCAGCCCAAAUGAGUACAACCUUUGGGCAUAACUUUGGUGGAACAAUGCCUCCUAGUUUUCAAUCAUUAAACAAUGUGCCUUAUGGUAUGCUAACACCUAUUCCUCAGUUCAACACCCAACAACAACAGGAACACAUUCAACAACAUAUGCCACCGCUACUACCAGCACCAAUGUCGAUACCACCAACACAAACACAGCAUCAAUCAUCAGUGAUAUCACCAGGUUGGAAUGAUCCGCCUAUCUUAACAACUGAUAAACCACGUCAGACAACUGUUUCACACAACCCUUAUUAUAAUCCUAUGGAAUUUAUUAGUUCACCUUUGCCUCAACCGAAUAAUUCCGUAUCACCUUCGAAUUUUCCUCAACCAAUGAUGGAACUACACACUACUCCUUCAAAUCCUCCUUUACCAUCAGGUUGUCCUGCUACUGGAUUAAAUGUAUAUCAACCUGCGCCACCACCAAUUCAAAAUUCUAUCUCACCUAUAAAUGCUGGUAUAGUUCAUCCUCAGCAGCAACUACAGCAGCCCUUGCCACUGUCAUCGACACAUAUUCAACAGCAAUCAUUAUCAUCAUCAUUCAUGGGACCGCCUGUUCAACAGCCAUCGUAUCCACAAGUACAAGGUGUAUAUCAUCAACAAGAACAGUACCCAAAUUAUUUCCAACCACCGAUUGAACAAAAUUCUCAGUUUUGCACUAUAUCGUCAACACUACCACCUAUGUCAUCAGUUGUUCCACCGAAUUCCUACACCGAACUUAAUCUUUGGCCUGCAGCUCAACCUUUAUCUACUACCGUUAAAUCUGGGAUUACCAGUCAAACUAUUAUUGAAAAUGCCAUGCCAUCGAAUUCUUUCACUUCUUCGAAUGAUGACCAUACUGAUUUACAAUUAUCACAUAAGUUAGAUUCUACAAGUUUAAACUCUGAUCACAAUAAUGUUAGUGAUUAUUCAUUGCCAGCAGAAUUUCAGCCCAUAAAAAAAGUGUUAUUUGACUUAAUUGAAAAUUGUCGUAAGGUUGGCGACAAACAAACUCGUCAUAAAUUAAUGAAUGUUGAAUAUUGUUUAAAUCAAUUCUAUAAUAAUAUAUCUACUGGUCAAUUACAAUUAGAUCAGAAUUCUAUGGAAUAUUUACAAUUUUGUAUUUCAUCUAUUCAAUCUAAUGAUUAUGUUAAUGCAUUAAAACAAAUAAAUUUAUUUAUACAAUCUGCUAUAGAAUUAUCAGAUAUUCAAUAUUAUGGACCAGCAUUAAAAAGAUUAAUUCAAACUGCUAAACAAUUAUCUAUUAAUAUGAAUAAUAUUAAUCAUUGAUAAACAUAUGGAUCAUAUUGAUGAUGAUGGCGAUGAUGAUGAUGAAGAUAAGAAUUCAUCAGUGUCUAACUCUUCUAAUCUAAACAUCUAUUGAAGGAUUAGAGUGAGUUUUCUGUUGCUGUUGUUGUUGUUGUUGUUAAUGGUUUAAAACUAUAUUAGUACAGUAUAAUCAUUCAUUUGGCAAUUAGAUCUUUUUGUCUUUCCUUUCGUUUCUUUUCUUUUUUUCCUUGUUAUUUAUUAUUCAAUAUUUUUCGUCGUAGAAAAUCCACUGUCAGUGGUUGAAUUCAGUGUAUACUCAUUGAAUUUAAGCGAAGAAGGUGGGGGGGGGAAGGGGGGGUCAUGCGUUAUAUGAUACUUUUAACUUUGUUAAUAUAUUAAUCAAAUGUCAUUAUGCUUACUAAUUAUGGGUGAUGAUAACUAUUAUGAUUGUUACUAUGCUAUUACUACUAUCAUAGGUAUAAGUAGUGCGUGUGUUUUUUAUGGUUUCUUUUUUUUUUACCGUACUUGUCUUUGCUUUUUUGUUUACAAUUAUUGUGCUUAUCUGAGAUGUCUUUUAUUAAACACACAUUAAACUUUCAUGAUAAUAAUCUCUUGUUUUCUUAAUUCAUUUCCUUGUUAUAAUUUUUGUUAAAAUGUAAUAUGUAUUGAAUAUUUAAAUAAAAAAACUAGUUGCAGCAUGGAUAUAUAUACAUCCCUUGACUGUCGUUUAUAUCUGUCGUAAUGGUCAGUCAGUCAUAAACAACGUAGAAUCUGGCCAAGUUGUCUCACUAUAUCUUACUUACUUUCUUGCUUACACUUGUUACUCCCAGUGGAGCAUAGGCUGCCGACCAGCAUUCUCCAACACACACUGUCCUAGGCCUUCCUUUCUAGUUCUAUCCAAUUGUUGUUCAUUCUUCUCAUGUCUCUUUCCAUUUCUUAGCGUAAUGUAUCCUUUGAUCUUCCUCUUCUCCUUUGACUUUGAGGAUUCCAAGUAAGGGCUUGCCUUGUGACGCAGUUUGGUAUUUUCUUUAAUAUGUGUCCUAUCCAGUUCCAGUGCUUCCUCCUGAUUUCUUCCCCCACUGGAAUCUGAUUUGUUCUCUCCCACAGUCUCACUAUAUUAUCAUUAUUGUCAUUAUUAAUGGCUUUGUUCAAUAUUAUAUUUUGGUACAAUAUAGAAUUCUCAGCACAGGG